CUGCGGGAUAUGAUUGUGGACAUUGUGGCUCAGAAGCUGCCUUUUCCGCACCGCGGAAAGUCCACCGCCGAAGGCGCAAAGAUGUACAGGAAGCCUGCCACACGCCGCCCAGGGCUUGCAGCUCUGCUUGCAGCCCUAUUUUGCGCCCAAGGCUUGAGCUUCCUAGGUGCCUUUCAGGGCACACAGGCUCAGGCAGAAGUUCGCCCCCGGGGAUCUGCGAAAACGGAUGUCACAAGCGAGGGCUCCAAGACGGCUCGGCAUGCAUCAGUUGUGGAGAGCCUCAAGAAUCCAGUCAAAACUGUCUCUGAGACGAUUGACGAUUUCUAUAAGGGCUACCCUCAGCCACCAGUCCUUCCAAUGUACAGAACCUUCCUUGUUGACUUCAUCACUCAGACUCACCUGAGCAACGUGGACUCUAGAUUCCAAUAUGAUGCGAUCUUCGCUUUGGGAAUGAGGCAGUAUUACAAUGGCUUGAUGGGGAACUACGACAAACUGGUGAUGAGUGAUGAAUCCGAAAAGAUCUGGAAGUCGUUGGUUACUGCCAUCGGCAUGAAGCCCGAUCAGGUCUCAGCAGAUGCGGAAGCAGUGGCCAAGUAUGCCAGUUCCACGACACCUGCCGAAAUCCUGAAACACAUGGAGGGCACAGAGAAGCCUUCAGAAGGCAAAGUGGCUGACGCGUUUGAGUCCAUCAAGUCAUCUCUUUAUUCCAUUACCUUCAGCAUGGGCCUCUUCCGUAUCAUGGAGCUCAGUGGUGUGGAAGUCACCAGGGCCAACGCUGAGGAAUGGGCAAAGGCAUUGAAGAUCGAGCCAACGUCGAAGGUGACCUCUGACUUUGAGACUUACAAGCAGAAUCAAGUCAAGUUGCAGAAGGCUGAAGAAAUGUUGAGAGAGAUUGAGAUCCGCGAGAAGAAGAAAUUGGCGGAGAGGUUGGAACAGAAAGCUAAAGCUUUGGCAGAGAAAGCUGCCAACAAGGCAAGCGAGGCAAGUGAGGAGUCCAAGUGAGUCCCUCGCUUGGUCUCAUGUGUUAGCGCGACGCAGUCAAUGCCGCAGAAUCCUGCAUUUUGACUUGCUCUGAUUCCGACACCCUGCAGCGAUUUAUGUUUUGUAAGUUGCGCU